GAUGCGGCUGCUGGUACUCCCCGUGUUGCUCCUCUGCUCCCCGGGGUGGGCGGACACCUCCUCCUCCUCCUCCUCCGGCAGCUACUCCCGAGCCCGGUGCACCUCACGGUGUCUGGGGCUCCGCAUCGCUCAGCUCAGCGGCUCCUUCAGAAACCUGCAGAAUGACGAGAUUCUGAAUUGGUGCGAGGGACACAAGAGAUGUGCUCAGUGUUUACAGCCUUGUAAGGAAUUGUGGGACACUGACCAUAACCAGUGCUGGCAAAGGUGUGAGAAGCACCAUGAAUGCUUAACCAGCUGUGAGUUUCUGAAGUCCAUCCAGACGGUGAAACAAGGAAACUGCCCACCGCCACAGAGAGCCUCUGGCUUUGCCGCAGCCUGCGUUCAGAGCUGCACCACAGACACCGAGUGUCCGGCUGCUAGAAAGUGCUGUCCUAAUGGCUGUGGCCAGACCUGCCAGACACCAACACAUAUGUUCAAGGGUGUCCCGCUGAAACCUAGGAAGGAGCUGAGCUACAAGGAAGGCAGAAGCGGAGAUCUCUCUGUGACCUGGAUGUCCAGGUUUAAUGUGUCCAUGGAACCAGUGUUUUACAUACUGCAGAGAAGAUGGAAUUCCGGGAUACAUCCGAGCGAAGACGAAGCCAGCGAGUGGGAGACAGUCGCUCAGACAACCAAGGAGCACAUCCUUUUGAAAGACACACAGCCAAGUCGUUGGUACCAGUUCAGAGUGGCUGCAGUCAACGUCCACGGAACACGGGGCUAUACUACUCCCAGCAAACACUUCCAUUGCUCCCGAGAUCCCUCACCACCAGGUGCACCCCGAAAUGUACAGAAGGGCAACUGGACUGCAAGGCACGAUGGCACCUUCAUUGUUCCCAUUCAAUGGGACCCUCCCCGAGAGGAAGACGUGGCAAUCCAUCACUACAAAGUAUUCUGGAGCCAGAGGCUUUCCAGGAAAGGCAUGUUGCCCGUGAGGAGGGAAAAUUGGAAGAUAACUGAAGGAGCAAGGAAUGAAGUGGAACUAGAAGAACUGCUGCCGAACACAGACUAUCUGGUGCAGGUGCAGGCGGUGGCCAUUUGGGGGCAAAAACGACUGAAGAGCAAAAAAGCCCUGCUUUUCUUUAAUACCCCUGUCACAGGUGGAGAGUGGAUCCCAGGCAGCACUGCGGGCAAAGGGUCCAAUGAGCUUCCAUCCUCUCGCUCUAAACUUGGCAUUCGGAGACUGGAGGCAGCAGCCCCCUAUUACCAUGGCAACCAAUUGCAAGUUAAAGUAUACUGGAACAAAGCAGAAGAAGAAAGUCUCAAGGAUCUAAAUUCCUAUCUGUUGAAGUGGGCCCCAGAAUCCUGCAGCAGGAAUGCUUCUCAAGUGCAGCAACACACAACUGUCAGGGAAACUCACUUCAUUAUCACCGGUCUCUUAUUUGCUUGUGAGUAUAAGGUGACUGUGCAGCCCCUCCUGCCACAGGGCCAGGGGGCCGAGGUUGUGACCUAUGUGAUGACCCCUCAGUGCAGCAGCCUGGUAAAGGUCAAGAGAUCUAAACGCCUACUUUGUACAAAGGACGGACGUCAUCCAGUGUCUAGUCCAGGUUCUGGGAAGGUCACAUUGAGGCCGGAGCGAUUGACUGCUGCAUUCAUUGCUGUGAAUGGCUCAGUCACCGGAGAAUUUCACUGGCGGGUUUCACUGAACCAGCACCUCCACCAGCCGGUCACUGGCUACCAGCUGAACUGGACCAAAGUGUCUACCGUCAACAGACCUGUCACUGGACCAGACAUUUUACCAGAUGUUGUACCAGCCAUUUCCCAGAUGCAAAUACUGCCACCGAAUCAACCAUUUAUGACGAUCCCCAAUCUUCAACCAUCGACAUUGUAUCAGAUUAAAGUCCAAAUUAUGUCCACAAUGGGUAAAGGACCAGCGACUGUCAAAACUUUUCAAAUCCCACAGCUUGCAGCAUCACCUCAUGAAGAUGUUCAGUGAACUCGUCCUGUAAUCAUACGGAGAAGACAGCCAAUUGAAUGGAAAUUGGAACAAAACCAGGAUAUUUCAUCAAAGCAACCAAAUUGUUAGUUAAUUUAAUAAUAGAGCUCUUUUCGAAACUGCCUGAAACAUUGAUUUACAA